CUCCGUUGGCGGCUGAUUCAAACCUUCAGGCUGGGUUCUCGGCUCUGAAUUAGCGUCGGAACGACGGGUUUGUUUCCGCUCUCGCAGUGGAGGAAAGCUUCUCUGUGGUGCUCGGAGGACCUUGGCAGCGGAGGCGUCUGGUGCAGGGGGAGAGGAUGGCGCUCUCUACCACAAUAUCUCAGAGUAAACGCAUAAAGCGGAAGGCUCCCCGCGGCUUCCUUAAGCGCAUUUUCAAGCGACAGAAGCCUCACCUUCGUCUAGAGUCAAGUUGUGACUUACUGGUGCAUCUGAACUGUUUACUGUUUAUUCGACGAUUAGCAGAAGAGUCCAGGGCAAAUGCUUGUAAGAAUAAGUGUGGAAUCAUUAAAGACCAGCAUGUACUGGCUGCCGGAAAGGUUAUUCUAAAGAAGAGUAGAGGUUAGAAGUCAAGGAACACACUUUUGAAAUUAUGUAAUGUAUUUUUAUUUUAGUUGGUAACAGAUCAUGAAAGCACUUUUUACAUGUCAGUUAAUAUUGUGUAUUAUUAAAAUAUUGGCUGCUUGA